AUUUUCUAUAUAUAACAAGCUCACUAUAUAUUUCCAAUAUUCAACAAAAGGUAAUUUGUUACAAGAAAAAUGGAGUUGAAUAAAAGAUCAUCAUUUUCUGAUGGAACAAUUAGAAUGAUACAAGGAACAAUAUUAGCUUUAGCACUUACAAUAUUUCUUGGGAAUUUGAUGAUGUGGGUCAUUAUGCCAACCUUCACAUAUUAUCAAAAAUGGGUUCCUGUUCUUGUUGCUGCUACCAAUUCCACAUUCUUUGAUAUCCAAGGUCCUAUUAUGAUGAACUUCACAUUCCCAAUCUUAUUCAUAGCUGUUUUGGGCUGCAUUUAUGUCCACCUAGAGAAGAAGAAAAAAAGUGAUAUUGUCACUUCAUCAUAUUGCAAUAAGGAUUGGUUGAAGAUAUUGAAGAAGCCAAAAAUCAUCCAACCAUUAGGGAUAGUGACAUGGAUAGAACUUUUUUUUCUAGCCAUGUUCAUUAUUCUGUGUGUUUGGUAUUUCUCAGCAUUUGUCUAUUUUCACUAUAGUACCAUUACCACUUAUGCAGUAACCAAAGGAGUUCAAGUGUGGCAAGCAAGAAUUGAUAGGUUGGCUUUAGUGAUAGGGCUAACAGGGAAUAUAUGUUUAACAUUUCUGUUUUAUCCAGUGAGUAGAGGUUCUUCAAUUUUGCCUCUUUUGGGACUAACUUCAGAAGGCAGCAUCAAAUAUCAUAUAUGGUUGGGACAUAUGGCUAUGACCCUUUUCACUAUUCAUGGUCUUCUUUUUAUUCUCUUUUGGGCUGUCUCUGGGAGAUUACAUGAGAUGCUGAAAUGGGAUCCACAUUACAUAUCAAAUGUACCUGGAGAACUUGGUUUACUUGUUGGAUUAAUAUUAUGGAUAACAACAUUUCCAGCAAUAAGAAGAAGAAUGUUUGAACUCUUCUUCUACACUCACUAUCUCUAUAUUCUAUUCAUGGUUUUCUUCCUACUCCACACUGGAAUGUUUUAUGCCUGCAUUAUGCUUCCUGGUUUCUUCCUCUUCUUGAUCGAUCGUUACUUGAGAUUCUUGCAAUCCAAACAAAAAGCUCGUUUGAUUUCAGCCCGAGUUUUGACUUGUGAAACUGUUGAACUCAACUUCUCCAAAAUAUCAGGUUUGGAGUAUUCUCCAACAAGCGUUAUGUUCCUAAAUGUGCCAAGCAUAUCAAAGCUGCAGUGGCAUCCAUUCACAGUAACUUCAAACAGUAACUUAGAAUCAGAUAUUAUUAGUGUUGUCAUCAAAUGUGAAGGAAGUUGGACUAAGAAGCUUUACAAUGUCAUCUCUUUGCCUUCCCCUGUCGAUCGUCUUGAUGUUUCUGUUGAAGGACCUUAUGGACCUGCUUCCACUCAUUUCCUAAGGCAUGAUACAUUGGUGUUGAUCAGUGGAGGAAGUGGAAUAACUCCAUUCAUUUCAAUCAUCAGAGAGCUGAUAUAUAUGAGCUCAACACUGAAAUGCAAAACUCCCAAGAUUCUAUUAGUUAGUGUGUUCAGGAACACUUCACAACUCUCUAUGUUAGACCUACUUCUUCCUAUAGCAGGCACUCCUUCAGGAUGUUCUUCUAAUCUUGACCUACAAAUUGAGGCUUAUAUAACCAGAGAGAAUGAACUAGCACAAGAAAAAUCCGAACCCCUACGGACCAUUUGGUUCAAACCUGACCACUCUGAUGCACCCAUAACCCCCAUUUUAGGCCAGAACAACUGGCUUUGGCUUGCUGCUAUAAUAUCGUCGUCGUUUGCUCUGUACCUUCUAUUUGUGGGACUUCUUUACCACUACUAUGUUUACCCUAUGGACCAUGGUACUAACAAGGUGUUCCCAUACUACACAAGGGCUUUGUUCAACAUGUUGUUUAUAGCAGCUGCUAUAGGAAUUGCAGCAAGUGCAGCCUUCCUAUGGAACAAGAAGAAAAGUGCUAGGGAAACUAAGCAGAUUCAAGACAUGGCAGAUUCAACAAAAUCUUUAAACUCAUUAUUAGCCUGUGCUGAUCAAGAGCUAGAAAGUCUUCCUCAACAAUCUCUCGACAAAUCUAUCAAGACACAUUACGGCCAGAGACCUGAUCUCAAGAGAAUAUUGCUAGAAGUUAAAGGAUCAAGUGUUGGAGUACUUGCCUCUGGACCGAAGACCUUGAGGCAUGACGUUGCAGCCAUUUGCUCAUCUGGGUUGGUUGAAAAUCUGCAGUUCGAGUCCAUCAGCUUCACCUGGUGAUUUACUCGCCUUUUCAACUCUGAGCUAGCUUAAAAGGAUUCUAUAAGAAUGCAUCAGUAUCUGUGUAGAUAUUAUGCCCUGUAAUAUGUUCCAGUCUUCUGGUUGGAUCAAUGUGUGCUUAAAAUAGGUAUUGUGAGUAUGGUUGCCCAAGAUAACAUUACUUUUUGUUGAAUAUAAUAUGUAAGGUAUUGUAAGUAGUCUUUGGAAGAGGAAAUAAGGUUCAUGGGAUUUGAAUGGAACCUGUAUUUGUUUCAGAAAUUAGACAAAACUAUUAUUGAUAUAUAAACCAAACAAAAACUUCCAA